CUCACGGCAAUUGUGAUUUUACUAUUUGUGUAAGUUUAUUUAUAUUUCUUUGAAAAUUAGAAUAUUUCAUUUUAAAAUUUAUUAGAGAAAGUAUUGAAAGUACUGAAAACAUUAAUACAUCUAGCGUCUGCAAAAGCAAAAUUUUGUCAGAUGUGGAAAAUGGUAAAAUAAAAUGCAUUAUUGUGGAUUAACAUAAAUGUAAUUAAAAAUAUUUUUGAGAUUAACAGAAAAUUUGCAAAGACUUGCGACUACUGCUUGUAUCUCUAGAUGUUUUGAACUCCAUCGUUUCUCGGGAAAAAAGUGUUUGAUGCAACAUCUGAAUCCAACAUCAGGAAAUAAAACUUUGGCGUCUACCGAUAUGUAUAAGUUUUUGUGCUAUGUGAAGCGGUAUAUUUAUUAAAAAAAAAUUUUUAGCUUAACUAAUUGCUUUGAUAGUGCUAUAGGCUUCCUGAAACCAGCUAAUUUUGAUGAUGUCAAGUCUUGCACCCAUAUUAUUUUCCACGACUUCACUGUUCUUAACCCGUCCACUUUGGAAAUUCAAGUGCUUAUUGAUAAAAAACCAGGCAAUUUAAAACCUUUUAGUACUUUCAUUUUAAGGUUAAUAUAAAAAAAAAUCGCUCCUCUUAAAAAUCAGAUUUGCGGGAACAGAUUGAAGUAUUUCGACCACUAAAAUCUGCAAAGCUUAUCCUCACAUUGGGUGAUUACAAUGAUUCAUUUACUGAUAAAUAUAGCAGAAUGAUAAUGGAUCCUGCCAAGAGGAGCAAUUUCAUAAUGAAUUCUAUUGAAGUUUUAAAGCAGUACAAUCUGCAUGGUUUGGAUAUAUUUUGGCAAUACCCUGUGUGCUGGCGCUCAGUUUGUGAAAUGGGUGCAAAAUUCCAAGACAAAGAUAACUUUGGAAUAUUUUUGGUUGAGGCAUCAAAAGCAUUUCGACCCCUUAAUUUUACUCUUUCUGCGGUUCUCCAGCCUAAUCCACACAAAUUGGACUUGGGUUACAAAUUGCCACUCAUGUCAAAAUAUUUGGAUUGGAUGACUAUGCUAGCGUUUGAUUAUGCUGGAGCGUGGGAGAGAAAAACUGGCUUUAAAUCACCUUUGGACAAAGCAUUAACUAGCAUUAACGCUGCUUUGAAGCAAGGGGCUUCACCGGACAAAUUAAUUUGGGGUAUAGAUUGUACAGCAAACACUUUUGCCCUUCAGAACAAGCAAAUGGCUGAAAUUAUUGGCGCAGCCGUUACUGGAAACGCAAAUAAAAGCAAGUUCGUCAAUCAUACAUUAAUCUAUCCUUUUUUUGAAGUAUGCCACUAUGUUCGACAUGAAAAGUGGAUUAAGGUUACAAAAAAAGGAGCAUCCUUGACCCUCCUGCGUCCCUUUAGUACUUCAUUUGCUUACAAUGAAGAACAAUGGAUAUCCUUCGAAGACACAAUUUCUGUCCGAGAAAAAGUUCAAAUGGCCAAGUCUAGAAAUCUUGGAGGGAUAGCCUUGACAGAAAUUAAUUCAGAUGAUGCACAUGACAUAUGCCAUUGUGGAAAAUUUCCCCUGUUGCGAGUUAUAGCAGACGAGUUAAAUUUAAGUCCUAAAACUACCCAGAUAUGCCCGUAGUGUGUAGUUUAA